UCUCCUUCUCGUCGUUCGUGUGUCUCCCGCUCGUCCUCGGCUCCCACUCGUCGUCGUUCAAGCUCGUCGUCGGUUCCCGCUUGUCAUCAUCUCCAGCUCGUCGUCGACCGAGAUCUCUUCAGUUCGUGGUCGUCGCCGCCGCCGCCGUCGUCGUCGUCCAGUUCAUCGUCGUUGGUAGGAUAAAUUUGAUGCUAAGGACAUGGAGCAAAAGAGAGAUUCGGUAUUGAGACAUUUGCGUGAUUUGUGGAAUAAGUGAUGUGGUGACAUGCACAAGAAAUAUGUGAAAGAAAAUUCAUUGCAAGUUGCAUUUAGAAAUAAACCUACACGAAAUGGGUCUCUCUUAAAUCUGGAUAGCAGAAAAGCUUUCUCAAAUGAAACUCUACAUUUAUCACUUGGAGAACAACAUAUUACAAAACUUGCUCAUGGGUUACAAAAUAUUGAAAGAUCUGUGAGGGAUUCACUACUUUCUAACUUCGCAACAAAGAAAGAUCCAACGGCUAUUGUUGAUUAUGCAAUUCUAAGUCAAAAAAUGGACCUAUUUCAUGGUGGUCAAGCAACUCUAAGUGUUUGGAGCUUGCCCGAUGUCGGUGCUAAUCAAUCUAGCUCGCUUUUUAUUGCCGUUGGCAGAGGAGACGCUGACCCUCCUAAUAACUUCAACUUUAUAGGCGCGGGAUGGCAUGUAUUUCCAGAAUUAUAUGGUGACAAUGAUACACAUCUAACAGCAUACUGGCUGAUUGAUGGGGAUCAAAGUGAUGGAUGCUACAAUCUUCGGUGCAAAGGAUUUGUACCUUAUAAACAAUCAAAAUACAAAUUAGGAGCAAAAAUUAGACCGCUGUCCACUUAUGAUGGAGAUCAAUAUGAUAUUACUUUAAAAAUAUUCAAGGAUAAAACAACCGGAGACUGGGUGCUGCACGCUGGGCGCCAUGGGGACAAACCUAUUGGCCACUGGCCGAAGUCUCUUCUGGAAGCCGCUACUGUCGUCCAAUUUGGUGGCCUCGUCUCUUAUCACCCCGGCGACAGGGCUCCCCCGAUGGGAAGCGGCCAUUCUCCUGAUGACGGCGACAAGAGGGCAGCUUGCGGUUCCCACACCGGACGUAGUCCAGAGUAA